CUUUGUGGGUUGGAAUUUUGUCAACAGCCUUUAGUUUAUAUGUUAAUCUAUUGUUAUUUCGCAGGACAAGCUAGUCAAGAUGUCCAGGAUCCCGAAGCACUUUGGACUGAGCUACAAAGAAGAAUCGCACAUGUUUAGAGAGCUUGAGAAGGUCCGCAGGAAGACCAAACAGGAUUUUCAACGCUUCAAGCAGAGGCUGGCCUCCAAGACCCUCGUGGAUGGAGUCCCGGUGGUCUGUGGCCCGGCCAGGCCCGGGGCCAAGGGGGGCUUUCCCCGCGCUCGGCCCCGGGAGCCGCCGGGGCUCCUGCGUUGGGCCAAGGACCCCGCGGCCCCCGCGGCGGGCCUCCUGCAGCGGGCGCUCCGCGACGCCGGGCCCUGGGGCCCCGGGGAGGGCGCCGCGCCCUGGAGGCCCCCGUUCCGCCCCCGGGACUUCUACCUGCGGAGCUCCGCGUUCCGCCGGCACCGGGCCUCGAAGGAGCCGCCGAUCAUCACCACCGGAGCCGGCACGUCCAGGCCCGUGGUGCUGAGGCCGCCCCCCGCGUGGAGGAGGAAGCCGGCGGAGCGCGCGGGCCGCUGGAGCCCUCAGCCCGCGGAGGCGCAGCCCGAGCUCCGCUCGUCCCCCGCCCGCGCCCGGUCCCCCUUCCCGGCCCCAGCCCGGGCCCGCGCCCGGGUGCACAGCUCCAAGGUGCCGGCGGCUCCGCCCGGGGAGGCCUGGGCCACCAGAGAGACAAAGGGCCGCGCGACCUCCAGGACCUCCAGCGCGGGGGGCGAGGCGGGCGGCCGGCGGCGGAGAGUGAGGAUCCGCUCCCAGGUCCUGCGCGACAGCGCGCCCGCCACCCCGUGGGACACGCCCCGCGCCGCCUCCAAGGCCAGCGCCGACAGCCUGGCCGCCAGCGAGCGCCUGAGCGCCAGCGCGCAGUCCCCGCUGCCCGUGCGCCUGCUCCCCACGUCCAUCGAGGAGAUCCUCGCCUCGCAGCAGUCCGAGGCCCACCUGGCCUCGGACCAGACCAUCAAAGAGCUCAUACAGAGCGUCCUCGGCCAGAACUACGACAUUAACAUGGAAGACAUUUCUUUAAUGGGAAAAAUGUACUGGCACAGAACAUCUCAAAUGCAAACAGAGCAAGAGUUGCCGAUAAGUACUGAGGAAGCUCAACUGAAUGAGGCUGAUGAAAUUCCUGAGACUGUAUCAAGUGUUUUUCCAAGUGAACAAGAAGAUAUAUUAGAAUGGGGACCCUCCGAUGCAGAAAGUGGGGUAUUUAAACCUCAGGAAUCUUCAGAAGUUCAGCAAGCUGGUGACUCAAAUAAACCCUUGGAAGAUAAACAGUUUAUAGGUGGAUCAGAAAAAGCCAAACAGUUAUCUAUAAAGGUGAAAUCAUCAGAAUUAUUGCAAAUCAGAGGAAAAGAAGUUAAACUAACUAAAACUCAACCAGAAUUUCUACGACAAAGAAAGUGUGGAAAAUCCAAGCAGGAUCAAAAACGAUUUAAAGCAAAAAUUCCACAAGAUCUCGCCAUUCCUACCCUUCAUGAUCUGUGCACCACUGUCCCCGACCGGGUGCUGCCCGUUGACUUGCAUCUGGCUUCUCGAGUGUAUCAUACAGCCAGCAAGAGAGGCCAUGAUACUAUACUUGAAGUAUUUGGAAAUUCCUUCUUCGAUGAUCACUUUACAGCUAAAGAGCAAAAGUAUCGAUUAUGGCAAGGAAUCCCUCUUAUGAGUGACAAUCAAGCAUAUGUUUCCGACCUUCCAACAAUGCCAGUGAUACCACCUGAACUGCCACAAGAAACUAGAUGGCAUGAUCAGAAACCACGCCUACAGCUCUUUGGAGAGGAAAUGUGUGCUUAUCCAGGAAUUACAAAGUUCUUUUGGAAAUCAACUUCACAAAAAUUCUCUGUUCCUGUAUCUGUCAUGAAGAAAACAGUGUAUCCAAACUAUGAGAGUGUUCAAGGAAGUAGAAUUUUAAUUGAGAAAUUUUUAUCUGAAAGCAGGGAAAGUGUCGUUGUUUUAAGUCAGCAAACUCAAACUAUGAGGAUUUUUUCCCUAAGAAAAUCUGCAUCAUAUGAAAAUAUCCCAAAAUCUUGCAGCACACGAUUUUCACAAUUAAAGAGAAUACAUUCUGCAAUUGAAUUGAGUAAGGAGAAGACCGUAACUCCAUUAAAGGUUAAGAAUGACAUGGAAAGCAGUUUAAAAGAGGUGCUGUUUCAGAAAGCUAAGGAAUUGGAACGUCGUCAGGAGGUUGAGCAAACUGAAACUGAGGAAAUCACCCAGGGGAAAGAAAAUCUAGAUAACAUCUUAGAUACCAUGGAGGACAGUCACAGUCUGAGAACUGUGUCUCUUUCUCUCAUUGAAGCAUCUAGAAAAGCUGGCAUUAGUUACAUUGUUUACCCCAGGAAAAGGAAGACGAAAUCGAAGAAAUUCUCUAAACUUUCAACUGUGUUGGCCGAUUUAUCCAAGCCUCCAAAAGUUCUAAGCAGGUCAACAUCUCAUGGAAUCCUUCCAGAACAGAAGAAAUAUUUGAUCAAACUGCCUUUAUAUGAACGUCAAUUUCGGAGCCCGAGCCUGCCUACGUAUUUAAAUUUUGAAAAAUUUGUCCAACGUAAGGGAGGAAUUCCAGAAAAUAGUGAUGUUCGAACAUGGGUUCUUGAUAUAUUCUCUAAGGAAAUAUAUCAGAAGACAAAAGAAGAGAAAGUUGUUAAAAUAAUUGUUCAGAAAGACUUUCCUGUCAAAGAGAAAGAACCGCUAGAACUAGAACUGAAUGAUUCUUUGAAGUGUGAUCUUCCUCUAGAAGUCAUUAAACAUUAUGAAUCUGAAGUGAAGAUCUUGACUGAAGAUAUAAAUAGUAAGAAAACAUAUCCUGCAUUUUCAUAUUGUAGGCGUGGAGCUCUGUAUAGGAAACUGGGGAAGUUACAGAGUGCCAUGGAUGAUCUACAGGAAGCUAUAUUCUUGGAACCACUGUUACUCAAUGCCUAUUGGCACCGGCAUCUCAUUUAUCUUUUCCAAGACAAAUUUAAUGAAGCUUUGGAUGAUCUGAAUUAUAUAACUAAAUGUAAUAAAAAUAAUGCAGAGGCAUAUUUGUCAAAGGCAGAAAUUUUCAGGAAAAGAAAAGAGGUUACUCUGGCGAUUCUAAAUUAUACCCAGGCAAUCAAGUUGAAGCCCAUGGAUGCUGAUAUAUAUUUCAGGAGGGGUGAGAUGUAUGAAUUAACAAACAAAUUCUUGGCCAUUGAUGACUUUUCUACAUGCAUUUUUUAUGAUCCCAAAAGAACAGUUGCAUUAUUGAAGCGUGGAAUGUUUCACUAUGAAAAUGAAAACUGGAACUCAGCCAUACAGGAUUUUACAGCCUUAUUAAAUGUAGAUCCCCAAAAUUCUCAAGCAAGGACAUACCGAGGGAAAUCAUAUUUUAAACGACAGUUUUAUAAGCAAGCAACUCAAGAUUUUUCUGCUGCAAUUCACUUGGAUCCUAAUAACUGGCUAGCGUAUUAUUAUAGAGGCUGCAUAUUUAGAAAGGGUAAUCCUUUUAGAGCACUACAGGAUUAUAGUGUUUCAGCUCUCAUAAAUGAUGGCUAUGAGAAUCUUGGUUGUUUCCUACAUCGGGGCAUACUCUAUGCACAUCUAAAACUUUGGUUGCUGGCAAUUUGUGAUUUUGAAACUGUUAUUUCUUUAGAAAGAACUGUUACUUUGGCUUAUAUAAAUAUUGGCAUCAUAGAUCUGCUACAUUUAGAUAACUACAUUGACGCCACUUGGCAUUUUUCCGAGGCUAUUAAAAUUGAUCCUUCAUAUAUUCAAAGCUAUAUGUGUCUAGCAGAAACUUACAGUAAGGUGCAUAAAUUGCAAAAGGCAGUAAGAGAGAUAACUCGUGCUAUCCACCUUCAGCCGGAUCGAAUCGAGUUAUAUAUAAUAAGAGGACAAUAUCUUCUUAGGAUGAAAUGUUAUGAUCUUGCAAAGUUCACUAUUUACCAAGUAGCAGAAAUGAACAAAGGUCUCAUUGAGUUGAGUCCUAUACAGCAAGCACUCAUUUAUUCAUUUUGUGAAAACCAUGAGGCGGCCAUUCAGGUGUUGGAUGGGGCCACUUUGAAUAAGCCUGAGAUCAACAUGAUUAUUCUAUUAGCAAAAACCCAAAUGAAGGCAAAGAGAAACAAGGAAGCUAUGAGACUGUUUAAAAAGGUUUUGGAUCUCUGUUGUCAUCCGAAUGAGAAAGGAUCGAAUGCCUUAGAGGCGUCAGUGGACUGUCUGUAUAACUUGGGUCUUUGUUACAUGGAUGAAGGCAACUUCCAAACGGCUUUUGAUUAUUUUAGCAAAGCUGUGAAAAUAAAUCCCAGUUUUGCAGAAGGCUUCCACCAACGAGGGCUUUGUAAAAUAAAACUCCAGAGGGAUAGCUCAAUCCUGGAUUUUAACCGUGCAAUUACGUUCAAUCCACAGCAUUAUGAGGCAUAUUUAAACCGAGUAGCCUUCUAUGGGUUGAAAGGCAGAUACUCCAAAGCAAUCUUGAACUGUAACGAGGCCAUCAAAAUUUAUCCUCAGAGUGUGCGAGCUUACAUCUACAGAGGUGUUCUCAAAUACCACAACAGGACCUGUAAGCUAGCGAUUACAGAUUUAACUACCGCUAUCAACAUGGACAAAAACAGUUAUGUAGCAUUUUAUAACAGAGCAUUGUGUUACACCAAGAUAGGCGAACUUCAGAUGGCAUUAAUAGAUUAUGGCAUCGUGCUUCUUCUUGAUCCUGCAAAAACUGUGGCAUUCAAUACCUUAGUUAAUCGUGGACUCAUCUACUUAGGACAAGGGCAUCACCAUUUUGCACUAGAGGAUUUUAAACAAGCUGCUUUUCUGAGCAAGACUAAUGUGAGCCUUUAUCAAGCCACCGCCAUGUGCUGUCACAGAAACAAAGAGUUUGAAGAAGCUGUCCUUUUCUUCACACGGGCUAUUAGUAUCAAUCCUUGCUUUGUGGAUGCUUACACUGGACGGGGAAAUUCUUACAUGGAAUAUGGUCACAGUGAAGGCUACAAACAAGCACAGAAGGAGUUUCUGAAAGCGUUGCAUUACAAUCCAAUAUGCCUAAAAGCCAGAAUUUCUUUAGGUUACAAUUUGCAGGCCCAAGAAAAAUUCCAGAAAGCUUGGAACCACUUUACCAUUGGCAUAGAAAUUGAUCCAAAGUGCCACCUAGCCUAUGAAGGGAGAGCUGUGGUCUGUCUUCAGAUGGGCGAUAACUUUGCUGCAAUACAGGACAUUAACACUGCUAUUAAGAUCAAUGCUACAGCAGAAUUCUUAACAAAUCGUGGUGUGAUUCAUGAGUUUAUGGGUCAGAAACAAAACGCAAUGAAAGACUAUCAAGCAGCAAUUUCUCUAAACCCUACCUAUGCACUGGCUUACUUUAAUGCAGGAAAUAUCUACUUUCACCACAGGCAGUUUUCCCAGGCCAGUGACUACUUCUCAAAGGCUUUACAGUUUGAUCCAGAAAAUGAAUGUGCUGCCAUGAAUCGAGCUAUUGCAAAUACAAUAUUAAAGAAGUAUGAAGAAGCAAAAGAAGAUUUUGCAAAUAUAGUUGAAAACUGUCCCUUUUGGGCUGCAGCAUAUUUUAAUAGAGCACAGUUCUACUGUUGUUUAAAGCAAUAUGAAUUAGCUGAGGAAGACCUAAGUAAAGCUCUGUCUUUGAAUCCUAAUGAUGCUCUGAUAUAUAAUCUUAGAGCAGAAGUUCGUGGUAAAAUAGGUGUGAUAGAGGAAGCUAUGGCUGACUAUAACCAAGCACUUGAUCUUCAAGAAUAUGCCAAAUGAUAUGAUUACAUAGACUGGUUUCUGAAGCAGUUUACAGAGCUCUUAAGCCAGAAAUUGAAAAGUAUUUGUUGUAUAAAACAAAGUUGUACUAUCUUCACUAUUGUACUCAUUAUGUUUAGUCUUCUCUAUAAUCCUUUAAAGCAUUUUAACAACAUAUUUAUGCUCUAUAUUAAUUUUAAAACAUUUAGAUCAUUUUUUUUUUGCCUAUAUGGAAAAACUCAAUAAUUGAAUUUCUUCAUUGGGUGCAGAAUUUAAAUGGGAAUGUUCAACACUUCAAAUAUUCUCUUUAAAGUAAAAUAAUUCCUUUAGAAAUAUUACUGCAUGAUUGUAGAAAAAGUGUUAACCAUUUUAUUAAUAUCUACUCACAAUUAAAUUCCAUGGAAUACAGAUUUAAAAAUAAAUAUAGAGCUGAUGACUAUAAAGAAAUUGAACUCAUGUGCAUUUUCUCUCUCCUCCUUUAAGUAAUGUCUAUUCAGGCUUGUAUUUCUCCUACUGCUCACAUUCUUCCAACAGAUAAACACAUUCCAUUUUCUUAAUGUUCCCUCCCUUCCAGUA